AAUAGUGAGAACCUUUCUCCCUCUCUCUCUCUCUCUCUCUCUCUCGCCGUCUGUCUCUUCACUCCUAUCUCCAUUCUCUCUCUCCAUCUCUCCUCCUCUCCUCGACGCCACAUUAUACGAUAUCCAAACAUCCAUCCAUUCAUCCAUCCACCCAUCCAAUGCACAGCCGAAUGAGGGCACAGCCAGAGAGGGAAAAGAAACAGAUCAUGUUUUCUGAACCAGAUACAGCUUACAACAGUCUCUUUCUAUCCUAAUUCACCUUCCUUUCUAGUCUUGAAGACCUGGACAAAAAGAAAAUAAGGACUUGAAGUAACCACUCUCCGAGAAGUCUGGACAUCAUCUUGUCAGAGGAACUUGAAGGGAUUCUUGAAGCUAAACCAGGUCCGCUGGGACAUAGAGGAGACAGACUUGUUGGGGGUUUUGACAUUUUGUUUUUUCUCGUUUAUUCCUUGCUGGCAAAGGGGCCGGUGAAAGUUAGCCAAGACGCCGCGUGCAGUGCUUCGCGUGAAGAAUGCCCAGGCUCGCCUGCCCAAGCCGGCGGACACGGCGCCGGCACCAACGCCAGGUCUUUACAUGGAGCGUUCGCAGAGUCGCAUCAGCCUGUCCGCAUCCUUUGAGGCCCUGGCAAUCUACUUCCCCUGCAUGAACUCCUUUGAUGAAGAUGAUGGCGACCCAGAGGGCCGCAGGAUAAAAGGUAUUCAGAGAAGUACAGAGACAGGACUGGCCGUAGAGAUGCCCAGUCGCACAGUUCGGCAGGCCAGCCAUGAGUCCAUAGAGGACAGCAUGAACAGCUAUGGCUCAGAGGGCAAUCUGAACUACAGUGGUAUGUGCUUGGCAUCGGAUGCCCAGUUCAGUGAUUUUCUGGAUGGGAUGGGGCCAGCUCAGUUUGUGGGCCGACAGACACUAGCUACCACUUCAAUGGGAGAUGUGGAGAUCGGUCUGAUGGAGAGAAAUGGACAGUUGGAAGUGGAGAUCAUUCAGGCUCGAGGACUCAUCAUGAAGCCUGGAUCCAAGGGCCCUCCAGCGGUAUACAUUAAAGUGUAUCUUCUGGAAAAUGGCAUGUGUAUCGCCAAAAAGAAGACAAAGUCAGUGCGUAAAUCUCUAGAUCCUCUUUACAAUCAGGUCCUUGUGUUCUCGGAGAGUCCGCAAGGAAAAGUUGUACAGGUCAUUGUUUGGGGAAACUAUGGCCGGAUGGAUCGCAAAUGCUUUAUGGGCGUGGCACGCAUCCUAUUGGAGGAGCUGGAUCUGACAAACAUGGUGAUUGCCUGGUACAAGCUUUUCCCGACCUCUUCAAUGGUAGAUCCCACAAUGGCACCGCUGAUUCGACAUUCAUCACAGCUCUCCUUGGAGAGCACAGUUGGACCGUGCUGUGAACGUUCGUAAGACUAACUAGUUCUAUUUCUCUCUGGAAGGGCUCUCGAGGCCCUCUAUCCUACAAGUGCUGUCUGUGCAUGACUGCGGCACUGGAAUCCUCUGGAAUGUUCUAGAAUUUCCAAGACAUCUUCAGAACAAAACACCUUCUGGGAUAUUCCAGAAUUUACCACAGAGGUUCAGAGGAAAGUUCCUUUUCAACCUCAGAAGCAAAGACAUCAGGAAAGGCAAAGAAUGCAGACCAAACCGUUGGGCUUUAUUUUAGCUUUCGACACAUUAGAUUGUGCUGGUCUGUUUGUCUUUCAAAGGAAAAAUCCUCUGUUUAUAAUUGAUUUCCACGCAAAAGGCAAACGUUGGAGUGCUGCCACAUGUUUAUUGUUAUUAGAUAAAACGGAAGGGUUUUGUGCAAUAUGAGAGAAGAAUGUAUUGGUUUAAAAGUGGGGGUUUGCGUUUAUUAUGCGUAAUUAACAAUAAAGGAAUAGAUAUAGAGUAUGUAUUACAAAGAUUCAAUAUGUAUAGUUCGAAGAGUCAGUGUUUGUGAUUUUAUGCUUUCGUUUGGAUUCCGAUCUUUUUAUUUUGGUUUCGUCUUUCUCAUUAUUGAACAGUGCCAGUGCUACCAGCAAGUGGCUUUACUUUGUGGUUAGUGUCUGUAUGAGACUUUAUUAACCAAUAAUUUAGGCAGACUCAAAUGUAUGAAGACAGAAGCUGAUUGUCUACAAUAUUUGCUGAAGUAACAGUGCCCUACCAGUGAAUUUGUCAUAAUGUCGUUGUGAUUUCCCCCCCACCCAAUUACACAAUUAAAAGCAAAUAUAUAUGUACAUCAAUUUUGCUGAAUUUAAAUACAAAUUUAUUUUACUAAAUAUCUAUUCAAAUUUCUCUUAUAUUAGGGCUGUCAAACUAUUAACAUUUUAAUCGAAUGAAUUACAUGAUGUGCCAAUUAAUUAAUUGAAUUUAUCAAAAUUAAUUGUGAUUAAAUAACAAAACUAAUCGCAAUUAAAUAACCAAAUUAAUCGCAAUUUAUCAUGAUUAAAUAAUUCAAUUAAUCACAAUUAAUCACAUACCAAUUUUUUACUGAGAAAGGGCACCAAAUAAAGGUAAUUUAGAAUCAUUAAAAUCAUUAUAAAUAUAAUAUCUAAGCCUAAUAAAUAUUAUAAUUCAGAUUAUUCAAAUACACUACAUAACAUUGUGAUAAGGUAUUUUGACAAUACCAAAGGUGGCUUUAAAAUUGAAUAUAUUGUUUUUUCAUUUCCAUAUUAUUGAACAUAUCCCUAUAACUGACCUACUCUGCUCUAUUUUGAAUUGUUGGUCAAUGUGCUUUUGGAGCGGAUGCAGCGUGUAGCCUGACUGUGCAGAUGGAGCGCUGACUUCUAGCUACUGCAUCAAGGUGGUACAUCAAGCUUAAAUUGCUCCGAUGGUAGAAACAUUUCUAAUUACGGACAGGUCAGGGGAAUGAUUAAUUGCGUAAAUUUUUUUAAUGCAUUAUUUUUCAUACAAUUAAUCUCACCAAAUGAAUACAUUAAAUCGACAGCCCUAAUGCAAUUGUAUGAUUUAUUUGUAGCAAAAAUAUGUAAAAGAAUUAGCCGAAUGUAAAUGAACACAUUUUACACAAUAUUUAUUCAGAAUUCUCUAAAAAUGAUUAAAAAACAGAAAAUGCACAAUAGGCUGUUGGUACAUUUUGGAAAUGACACUAGGGCGAGUGACCACUUCUGUUAAUCAGCCAAUCGGGCACAGUUAUUUAAAAAUGGUCAAAUAUCGUACGAUUAAUCGCCCUGGCCAAUAUAUCCAUCUACCACAAAUUAUGACAUGAUAAUUUAGUUUUGCACAUUAUAAUCUUACAUGCUUUCUAAUAAACGAUUGCAAGUUUGGCAUGGGCCAAAAAAUAAAUAAAAAUAAAAAAAAAAUCUUAUUAAAAUGACUAUUUGUGACAUUUGGGAUGCAGAAUCUUAAGUAGCAAUGAUAAGGGUGUAGCAUUAGAUAGUAGCAUACGCAUGAAAGGCAUUUUAUGAGAUGUUGCAUGGAAUGAUAGAUGUUUUACUGGCAGUAGAGCGAACAUGUAGCAGCGUAUGAUCAAAUACUGUUGCACUGCACAGUGAUUUACUGUGUAACAUCUUGAAGCAAAAUCAGAGUCAGGUCUUAAUAAAUAUUAAUAGACAUAUGAAUUGCAUAAAAGUUUUUAUCAUGUGUCCUGAAAUUAUGUAAAGAUAGACAUUUAUACACUACAGAACACAAAUCCAAGGUGAAGACAAUGGCAUUCUGCAUAAACAGAAAUGAUUAUGUCCACUUUAAAAAUAUUAAAAAUAACUAUCUGACAGUUUGUGAAGAAAAUAAACUUUUUACCACUAGACAAUUAAAAAAAAAAAUAAAAAAUGUAUUCCACUAUGAAAUAUCCAGAGUGUAUAAUUCAAUUAACGCAGAAAAAUAUACCUCAGUUGACUUUUAAAACCCUCAAUAUAAUCAAGUUGUUAAGAACAUACAUAUGAAUCACUGCCACAUUCUUUUUUUUUUUUUUCUUUUUUUUUAAAGUUAAAUGUUUAUUGUCUUAAGAAGCAUAACUUGCUCACUUUAUGUGUUACAGGGAGUAAAGCCAGAAUUUGUCUCUCCAUUGCAUUAGAAACUUCUACAUCCAUGUAGCAGUACAGUAAAUGCGUGGUUUGAGACAAAUCAGUUCUCAAUAUAAGUGUUGAAUGUUUGGGAUUCUUGAGAAUUUAGUGCCAAAAAUGUUUGGGGCUUAUAAACAAAUGAAUGAGCUUAAUGAAAUACUCAGAAACAAACAAUGCAUUGUAUAUUCAUAUAUACAAUGUACAUAAGUAUACUUCAGUUUAGUACAGAAUAAUUUCACUGGUCAAUCUGUGUUUUUACUUAGAAGUCAAAAACAUUUAUUAUGAUACCUGUUCCAUUUUAUUGGUCUGUUUUUUUGUAAACAAGGCUCCAUGGAUAUAGUGGGCAAAAUCAAUGCUAGUUAAUGAUUACAUAAAUGAAGGCUCCAUUUGCGGUGUCAGAUAUUAAUAUUUCAUUUUUAGGUUUUAAUACUUUGGCUAGGUAACACAAAUGAAAGACUGAAAUGUUGAAACAUAUAUUGGCAAAAAAGUUAUUGUUGAUACAGAAAAAUCUGGAUCGGAUAUAUUUAUUGCUUCAAAGUCAAUAUGAUUCAACUUCAAAUAUAAUACAUUUUACAGUUGUUGAUAUAGAUGUUAGAAAAGAGUUUAAAAUGAAAUUUGUCCAUGAAUUAAUAGGAUUUUCUUUUUUGUAAAGCCUUAAUAACUCGUAAACCAGAGGUCUUAACAAUGCAGACAAAUAAGCAUGCAGGAAUGUCAUUCAGUUUUUAAGUGUAUUGUAUUUUUUAUUUUCUCAACCUUAAUUUCUGCCUGUCUUUAUUUUUUAUUUUUAUUUUAUUAUUAUUAUUAUUAUUAUUAUUAUUAUUUUAAUUGUGAGUAUCAUGGCCUUUUGAAUCACAUUUUUCACCACAAAAUUUUGUAACAAAUUAACCAUUAACCAUAUCAACUGUAGCCUAAUUGUUGAGGUUGAUAGGGCAAAAUAAUUGACAUAUUCUUAAAUUGAAUGCUGUGAUAUUUUUCUUUGUGGAGAUACUUGUUUAAUUCCUUAUUACUAUUCAUUAUAUGUAAAUUUGUAUUCAUAAAAUCGAUUAUGUCACUGUUGAUUAAUGCACACAAUUUGAUGUAUUGUUACUCUGUUGAAAAUGGUUAUAAAGAAUAUAAUUGCU